CAAUGGGAACAAUAACAUCGGUUGUCUUCUCUUUGAUUAUGUUGUUACUCUUUUAUUCCGGGUUUUAUCCGGUAAUCGGCGCUCGAAUUUUGCAACUAACUCAUAAAGUUAAGCUUCUUUUGCAUUCGAAAUCUUUGGGUGAGAUUUUGAGCCAAAAUUCAUUUCCCUCCGUUGUCUAUUUUAACAACGCCGAAGUGGGAGACAAGAGGGAUGGCAUUGACUACGUUUCUCCAGUCCUCGUGGCCCUAACUCGUUUACCCCGCCUUGUGGACAUUUUCCAUAUCAACUGUAAUAGGUCGAUCAACAAGAAUGACUGUACAAACUAUGACUAUAAGGCGCCAGAACUUCGUUUGUUUCCCAACCAAUUUAAACGCUUGGAAGUUAAGGAAAAAAAUAAAAACGGACUGGAAAUCCCGAAAAAAUCCACCUAUGAAAUGCUAGAUGCUAUUUUGCAUGGCCUGGUGCGAAUGGAACUGGAGUUACCAGGCCAACCAAACUUUAAGCCCAUUCUCAGCACGGAUACCAUAGCAUCGCUUUUUAGAAAAGCAGGAAACAAAAAGAUUACCCACCUAGUUCUGGUUGGUCAGUCCAAAAAGGAAGCCACAGUGGGCCGAGAUACAAUCUUGGCCCUUUUAUCAAAAGAACAAGUAUUGGUGCGCAUCGUGGAUAAUGCCACAUUCUUCAGGAACUUUGGCAUUAAAUUCAAGGAGAAGGAUAAAAUGCUGGCCAUUAUCUCCUGGUCGCGAAGGAUCACUCAACUGUAUCCUAAAAAGGCUAGCGGAAAAGAGUUUGCGAGGGCCGUAAUAAAGUUUUUGGAUGAACGGACAUAAAACACUUGGCUUAAAUGUUAAAUACAAAUAAAUUCAUUUGAUGCGGUAAACGGUUUAAAUUAUUUAAGAAUUUAGAGGUGCUCUGACCGAGCAGUUCCGAAUCAUUCAGGUGCGGCCCAGAGGAAAGUUGUUGUGGAUCAACAAAGACUUGGACGAGC